UAUAUAUAUAGAAGAAGAUACAAAUACAUGUUUAAGUUUGAAACCAUAAACUUAUUAUGUUUACAAAAUUGAUAGACACAUAUAUAUUAUAGUAUACAUCAAUUUAAAAUUGAAAACAAAAUGUUUAUAUAAAAAUAAAUGAAAACAAAAACAUGCGCGGUUGCGCGGAUCGAUAUCUAGUUAAAUAUAUUAAAUAUCAUAAUUAAUUAGGAUAGAUUUUGGCGAGAUUAUAGAGCAUACAAAUUAGCAUAUUCGUUUAAGGACAUGUGUGUAAAUAUCUAUUGUAUUGGGUUGAGCUAUGUCCACACGUUUUUAUGAUAGGAAAAAGGGAUUGUGUAUCACGCUCUAGGAUAUAUCAUAUCAAUUAGUGGUUACCUCAAAUUUAGGAAAUCUUUAUGAAUUAGUUCAUACUAGGAUGCAUUGCCCAUGGUAAACUUAUAUGAAAAUUAUUUAAAAAAUAUCGUAUGGAAAAAAAAUUAUUGAUCGAAUUAAUAUAUUUGGCUCUUAUACAAUUUUUUAAAACUUCUUUUUGUCAAUUACAUAAUUUGUUUACUAAUGAAGUGAUCUCAUUUUUAAAAAUAUUUUAAGUCAAAAAAUUAUUUAUCGCAUAAAAACCUAAAGUUUAUGCCGAAAAAUCUCAUGCAUACUUUUUGGUUACAAUAAAACUAUGUCAACUCGGUUUUAUAUCAUGAUUUAGCAAUUUAAAAGUUAAUUAUGGUUAUGAGAAGUUUACUUUCACGUGCUAAUUCUAUCUAUCUUCGAUAUUUUUCUUUUUUUGUGCCAUUUUGGUUAUUACUCGAUAUAAAUAUUGACUUUUGAGUUUAUUCUCAUUUCUUUCUUUUAUUUUGGCAUGCGAUUUAGAAAAUAUUUAAGAUUAAAAAUUAUUAAAGAUAUACAUAUUUAGGUUAAGAUUUGCGUCUUGUGCAGUUUAAAUACUUACUUUAUAUUUUUCUGCAUAUUAUGAAAUAAUAAUAUAAUAAUUAUAUAUUAAAUAACUAAGAAAUCAGUUGCUAUUAUGUAAUAAAUUGACUUGCACAUAUAAAUCAAAUGACCGCUCUUAUUUAUUCGCAAUCAUUUUAGAAUAAAUAAAUCAAAACAAUCAAUCUUAUCUAUCGUAUAUGAUAUAUACUUAAAUUUAAACGAGAUGAAGUAUAUAUAUAUAUAUAAAACAUAAACACCUAUUAAAAUAAAAUUAUUUAUUUAUAUGAUUUUAUUAUCAUUGUAUCUUAUUAUAGAAAAAAAACAUUGAUCACAAAAAUUUGGGAAGACGACGUAUUUCUCCACCGUAACUAUCACAUAGUAAUAAAUGUACACAAGCUUUCACCCUCAUCCCAAUUUCCCACUUCAUAAGUAUAACAACCUAUUUCCACACAAUAUGAAAGUUCGAAACUCGUUUCCACACAAACUUUGAAAGACGGACUAAUACCGACAAAUAGCGGUUUAAAGUUGGUUAGUUUUCCCUAAACCUAAACUUAAACCAAUGGCUAACUUAGGUAAACCCAAAAACGACCCGAUUACGACCCGAUUAGAGAUCUAAACCAGAUUAAAUCAACCUAAUACCAGCUGGAUCUAAUAAACCCACCCAAGACCCGAAAACGUAAAUCUUUUGUUUCUCUCUGGCGAAGAACGUCGCUGCUCUUUCUCCUCCGCCUCGUUGCUCCUCUGAUUGUUCUCUCUGAGGUAAUUUCGAGAAUUCUAUCUCUAACUCUCUCGCUCUCUCUCUUGCUAUCUCUCUAUCUCUCUCUCAUUAUUGUAUUGUCUCUUUGUCUAUCUCUCUUUCUGAUACUGACGAUGUGUUUCUCUGUUUUGCAGGAAUCGAGGAUGGAAUCAUGGACUAACGUGAAUGUUAAGUGGAAUGAUGUAACUGAUUUCGACCCAGGGACUACUGAUUCUCCUGAUGUUGAUUCUGAUUCUCCUGAUGUUGACUCUGACGGUGAAGAUCGCAGAGAGCGCAACGACUACAACAUUGAGAAAGAAGCUUUCAACUUUGUUGAUGAACCUCAAGUGAAGCAUAACUUGUAUCCAGAGACAGAAGAUGAUGAAGAUGAAGAGGGGGAAGAACUUCAAAGGACUAUCUACAGGCGGCACAAUGAUAUAAGGAGAGGCAGUGGGGAGUUGUAUGUAGGGCAAGUGUUCAUCAGUGGAAUUGCAUUUAAGGAAGCAGUGCUCGACUAUGCUCUGAAAACGGGUCUGAACAUCAAGCAAAAUAGAUAUGACAAGAAAAAGAUUGCCUUUGUAUGUGAAGGCAAAGGUUGCUCUUGGCGCAUAUACUGCUCAUCCUCAGCAAAGUAUCCCAACAAAUGGCAGGUGAAGAUAUUGAAGAAGGAUCAUACCUGUGUUCCUACGGGUACUUGUGAGAUGCUCAAAGUUCCACAAAUAGCUUGCUUGUUUGUUGACAAGAUCAGAGAAGAGCCAGAGUAUUUCAUGCCCAUGAAGAUUGAGGAGCUGGUUAUGGAGAAGUGGAAGCUCAGUGUUAGUAGGCCGCAAUGCCAACAUGCUAGGAACAAAGCGCUCAGAUGGAUUGAAAGAGAGUAUGAUGAGCAGUUUGGACGGUUGAGGGUUUACUGCGCUGAGAUAAGAAGCUCGAAUGUUAAUUCUUCUGUUGAGCUUGACUGCCUGAGAAAUGAUGAUGGGAUCGAAGUUUACAACAGAUUUUAUGUCAGUUUUGACAUUCUGAGGAGGAACUGGAAAGAAACGUGCAGGCCACUAAUUGGAGUAGAUGGUUGUUUCUUGAAGUCUAGGAUGAAAGGACAGCUUCUAAUGGCUCUGGGUCAUGAUGCCGAUAACGCCAUUUACCCUAUCGCAUGGGCUGUGGUACAAGUAGAAAACACCAACAAUUGGUUGUGGUUUGUGAGAAAGAUCAAGGUUGAUCUUGGACUUGAUGAAGGAGAGGGUUAUGUUAUGGUUUCAGAUCGUCAAAAGGGAUUGAUUGCAGCUGUGAAGAGAGCACUACCGCGAAUUGAGCAUAGGAUGUGUGUUAGACACAUCUAUGGCAACUUGAAGAAACGCCAUGGGAAGAAACCUGAAAUGAAGCUAAAGCUUUGGAACCUUGCUUGGAGUUACAAUGAUGCUGAUUACAAAGCAAAUCUCAGAGACAUUGAGCGGUAUGAUCAAGAUGUUUAUGACGACGUGAUGAAGGCAAAGCCAGAGAAGUGGUGUAGGGCAUUCUACAAGCUUGGACCUUUUUGUGAAGACGUGGAGAAUAACUCAACUGAAUCUUUAAACAAUUCCAUAGGUAAAGCCUGAGACAAGCCCUUUGUACCUAUGUUAGAGACAAUAGCUCGCUUGGCGAUGGUUCGUAUAGCGAGAAGAGAUGUAAUCUGCAGCAGUCACGAAGGGAUUUGCACACCGUAUGUCAUUGAGAUGCUUGAGAGUUUGCAUGAGAAAGCCUCGAAAUGCACGAUUCAACCUUCCACCAACCAGACAUAUGAAUCUACUAGUAGUGGCUGUGCGCAUAGGGUGAGCUUGGAAAAUAAAACAUGUAGCUGCAGAAGAUGGGAGAUUACAGGGAUCCCUUGUGAGCACGCCUAUGGAGUUAUGCUGAAGAAAGGUUUAGAGGCUCAAGAAUUUGUGGUUCACUGGUUUAGGACGGCUACGUGGAGGCGUACGUAUGCUGAAGGGAUUGUACCUUUGCGUGCAGCAAAGUUUUGGCCCGUAGGACCGGAACCAUCUAUAAUUGAACCUGAGAUCCCAGAUCAACCAGGCCGUAAGAAGGUGACUAAAGCAGAUAAAAAGAGAAAGAAGGGAGUCAAUGAAUCACCAUCGAAGAAAAAAGAGAAGUUCUUGAAGCGGAUCAUGCACUGUGGGAUAUGUGGUGUUGCUAAUCAUAACUCCAGAUUCCAUAAGAAGAAUCCAAAAAAGGUAUGCUUUACUGUGUUUUCGGUUUUGAUGUGUUGUGUUUUGGAUUGAGUGAAGAUUGUUGUGUUUAUUGUGAUAUUUUUUCAGCCUUUUGUGAGUGGUGAAUCAUCUCAGCCUGAAGCCUCACAGGGUGUUUUCACUCAAGCCACUCAGCCUUAGAAGUGAAGAAGAGAAGAUGGAUGUCAAGAAGAGAAGAUGGAUGUGAAGAUGUGGUCGAUUUUUCAAUUGUUUAAUGGUCUUUUUUGAGGUUCUAGGACCUUGUUUCUCGGCUUUGAUUCCUUUUGCACGUUUUAAGACCUUGAAUCUCGGGUAUUUGGACUAGUUUAAUGGCUUGUGACUCUAUUUUGGUGUGUUCUAUGUAUGCUUUAGACUCAAUGUAAAAUAUUUUAAUGGCUUAUGACUCUAUUUUGGUGUGUUCUAUGUAUGCUUUAGACUUUGAUUCUCGCUUUUAAAAACAACUGAAACUUUUUAAAAUAACAUACUUGGAAUCAUCAUCCUAAACAGAACAAACACUUAACAAUACAACCAUCAUCAACUUAAAGACUUAAACAUAAACAAACUGAGACAAACAUCGGUUUUGAAUCAACUGCGACAAGCUAUAUAAUCUUAGACAACACAACCAUGGUUAAACAUCCUAAAACAACAAGCACAAGCGCUUUCUUCACCUCGCAUUUAGCUUCACUCACAACAUCUUUCAUUCUUGCACAAAUCUCAGUCUCUAUCUUCAAUUCAAGCUCUUCAACUUCUUCUCUUCUUCACCACGCUCAGCAAGAUUUGUUUGUUCAAGUUUCCCUAUCCUAAAUGACAAUGCUUCAACCUCAUCCAACAACGCCUCAUCAACCCAUUUAUAAGUGUGAUUAUCAUUACUCAGCUACAAAACACACAAAAAUUCGAUUUUGACUUCAAACACACAAAAACUCAAUCACAUUUAUACCAAGAAACUAACCCUUUUCUCUGCCGCAAAAGCACACCAGAAGUAUCUUCUGUAAGGAUUUGCGGUCGACUUUGACAUCAAGGAGACAACCAAUUCUCCACACCAACAUCUCUUCGGCACACCAACAGCGCGACCUCUUGCUCGCGCGCUACUGGCUCCACUCGAAUUUCCAGAUUCAUUGCUCAUACUUUCUGGGUUUUUAUUCGUUUAAUCUCUUCUCAGUUUUUUUUUUAUUUUUAGGGUUCUAAGGGAAUGAAAUCGAUUUUGGGGGUUUUAAAAAGGUUUCGGGUCGAUCCUAAGUCGGAUCUAUUUUUGAGUUGGACCGUACCAGUUUCAACCGAUACGAACUGGUUUACUACCGGUUAAAGUCGAAAACCAUUAAAACCAACUCAAAUCUUCGUCUGUGUGGAAACGAGUUUCGAACUUUCAUAUUGUGUGGAAAUAGGUUGUUAUACUUAUAAAGUGGGCAAUUGGGAUGAGGGUGAAAGAUUGUGUAUAUUUAUUACUAUAUGAUAGUUAUGGUGGGGAAAUACAUCAUCUUAUGUGAGACUUUUAACAGUUUUACUGUUUUAGUAAUUUAUACUCGUUUUGAAAAAUUCAAAAUACAACAUAUACAAAAAAAAUAUAAAAUUUUAAUAUAUGAUUAAUGUAAUUGUGUAAUUUAUUUUAAUAGUAAAAAAUUAAACAAAAAUAAUAUAAAGCAUACAUAUUAUUAGCAAAUCUUCAUUAUUUAAAAUCAUUAAUUACUAUAUAUAUAUCAUAAUCACAUUAGGUAAUUACGUACAUUUUUAUUUAAGGAAAUAUAUAUAAUAAAUAGUCAACUUGCUUUAGUUAAUAUCAUAUAAUAUCAUAUAGUUGGUAUUAAAUGUUUCUAGUGAGAUAUAAAAAUCGAAUUGGACCAACAUGUUUUUCAAUAUUAAUGUGAGACUGACACGUAGGACUAAUUAGCUACCUAAUUUAUUGACACAUAAGGAAAUAGUCUUUUUUUUAUUAUUACAAAAUUGAUAUUACAUCUUUUCAAAUAUUCCUCAAUUAAUAUAUAGGAGAUAUGGUGGAUAUGCAGAUUUUAAUUUAAAUUGGUUAACAAUAUUUACGUAACUAUUUUAAUACGUACGAUUUAUUGUGUGUCUUCUACUUUGGAAAGUGUAAAUAUUGUUUACAUAUUUGACCAGAUUUUUGGGAUAUUAGUUAAUACUAGAGAUUUUUCCCGGGCUACGUCCAGGGUUUUCUCCUAUAUUAUAAUUUUAUUUAGUUUAUUAUGGAGUUUGGAUUUGACUAAAAUUUUUAUACUUUGACUGAAUGUGAUAUAUAAAUUAUUAAAAAAAAGUUCAAUUAUUUGUAUUGAAUUUGUUGACUAAAUUUUAAAAUUAUUAAAAUUUAUCUGUUUUUCUUUCAAUAUCAAAAUACAUAUAAGUUAGUAACCAAACUGAAUUAAAAAAAAUAGUUCAAAUUCAAUUAUUCUUUUAUCUUGUUUAUUUGAAUUUUAUGAAAAUAUGGUCAAAAUUAGCAUAUAAUUCGAACAUUUUUUAACGUUAAAAUCAACCAAUAUAUAUUUUAAAAUUUUAAUAUUGAUUAUUUAUUAUUUGGUGAUAAGAAAAUCUAUAUGAAUUUGAUAUUAAGUGUUAAGGCAGUGAAGAAAUGAAGAACAAUUGAAAUCUAAAAGUGAUGUACAUUAAAAGAAUCCUUAAAUUAUGUCAAAUAAUUUUGUUUCCAUGCAGCAAAACAAAAUAUUAAAAAAUUAAAAUUAAAAUAAUAUUCUUUAAGAGCUAUUUAUUGAAAAUUUAUCAUUUUAUGUGUAUUUGAACUAUUGCAUUUUAUACUAUAUUAUAUUUAAAUUUUUGUAUAACUAAUUUGCAUUUUUUUUUGUUAUUCUGUUGGCAGUUUAGAUUAUCUUAAUUGAAAAAGACAUAACUAUAUCGUAAAUGAAUGAAUAUGAAGAACACAAUUUUCAAAUAAUGCACUUAAAACAAUAUUAUAGAUUAAGUUGCUAAUGUGAAAUCAAUUUUCGAACAUCUACAACCAUUUUAAUAUGUUUGAAUUGUGUAUCAUUGAAUCUAUUAAAUCAGAUUUUAAGAAUUUGUAAAGUAAAAUGAAUUAUAAAUAUAUAAAAUAUAUUCUAAAUUAUAUUAAUAUGAUAUUUAGUUAUUUUUGUCAUCAUAAAGUAUUUAGUUCAUUUUUUAUAUUUAUUUAUUAUUUUUAAUUGUUAACUUAUGAUUGAUUUUUUUUCUUAUACUGGUAUCAUCUUUUCGUAUAAAAGUGUGACAUAUCUGUUAGGACAAAAUAGUAAUUGGUUGAUUGACUGUUGUUUCUUAUCAAAGGUCUAUUAAUUAUUUUUGGAUAUUUUUUGUUUAUUAAAAUAAAAUGUUGUUUAUAUUUUUUUUUAUCAAUCGAUAUGUGAUAUUAUUUAACUAUGGUUGGAUGUAGUAAUCAUGAUUUUGUGUUUUUCCAUUAAAAUAGUUCAUGACUUUAAUGGUUAUAUUUUAUGUUUGUCUGUGUUAGUUUUUUGAAUUUUGGUGUUUUGUUACAUAAUGUUAUAUUUUAUAGAGUUUAUGAGUGAAUGAUGUUGAAAUAAUCUAUAGAUUGGUGUGCUAUUCAUUAUUUUGUGUGUUGGCUGUGGUUAUUUUUGGGAGUGUAUGUUUUUGAUAGAUAAUAUGUAUAAAUAAUUAAUUUUCAACUUGGUUUUUAAGGAAUUGAUACAACUAUUAAUCAGUUUUUCAUAUGUUGCUUAAUUUUAAUUCUAACUAUUUUUACCACUAUUUUCAAAUUUUUACAUUGAUUAAGUUUUUUAUUUAAUUCACAGAUUUAAUUUUUUGUGGUUUUAAAUAUAUUUAAACUAUGUUAAUUUGUGGGGAACUAAUUGUUGUUUUUGUUUAGUUUUGAUUUUUUUCUGCAAAGACUCAUAAUGGAUAUAUGAUUUUAUAUAUUUACUAGUGGUAUUCCGGCGCUACGCGCCGGGUUCGUAUAUUUUAUUUAAUGAGUGUAAAAUUGUUUUUUUGAUCCGUUCGAUGGUGGUUCGUAUGUUUUAUUUUUUAAUGAGUUCAAAAUUCUUUUUUUGAUCCAUUUAACUCCUACACCCGAGGGAUGUUGUUUGUUAUAUAAUAUGUGGUUUCUCUGUGUUUGUAUUAGUGAACGUAAAACAUGUAUUGUGUUUAUAUAUCUUCAGGGUUGGUUGUAUGGUUUUAAUACCUAAAAUUAACAUAUAAAUUGGUUUGAUUUGAAUAUUUGGAUUUAAAAUCAAUAGAUAUUUUAAGCAUUGUGGUGUUUUGAAGAUAUUUUAGCUAUUUUAGAUAUUUAUUUUUGACUAUUUAUGUAUAUUUUCAAGUAUUUUAGACAACUUAAAAGUAUAUUUUAUAUUUUGGAUGUUUUUGAUAUAUAUUAAAUCUAAAAAUAAGUAAUAUAUUUAGGUAUAUAAAUCUAUUUCGGUUACAUUCGGGUACCCGAGAUAUUUCGGUUCGGGCCGGGUUCGGUUUCGGUUCUUUAGAUACCAAAAUUUCGAACCCGUUCGGGUAUUUCUGUACUUCGGAUCGGGUUC